AUGAAUUGGCCUCCUGACUUGGAGAAUAUUGAACCGUAUCUCCGGUUUAAGAAUGUCACCGAAGCGUUACAUAUUAAUAGCGACAAACAAACUGGCUGGUCUGAAUGCUCUGGUGCAGUAGGUGGCCAUUUCAGGGCCCUGAAAUCCAAGCCAUCCGUCGAGCUGCUACCUGGACUUCUCGAGGAGGGCCUUCCGAUUCUUCUAUUCAGUGGACAGAAGGACCUGAUAUGCAAUCACAUCGGCACUGAAGACCUGAUCAAGGACAUGAAAUGGUCUGGAGGGACAGGAUUCGAACUCUCGCCCGGUAUCUGGGCGCCACGACAAGAUUGGACCUUCGAAGGUGAAUCGGCAGGAUUCUAUCAAAAGGCCCGAAAUCUGACAUACGUCUUAUUCUACAACGCAAGCCACAUGGUGCCGUUCAACUACCCACGCCGCUCGCGCGAGAUGCUCGACAGAUUCAUGGGAGUUGAUAUUGCGGACAUUGGCGGCAACCCUGCCGACUCUCGAAUCGACGGCGAAAAGGGCCCCGCAACCUCCGUCGGCGCGCAUCCAAACAGUACAGCAGCCGCCGAGCGCGAGAAGGAGAAGGUGAAGUCCGCCAUGUGGAAGGCAUAUUACAAAUCCGGGGAAGUGGCGCUUAUUGUCGUCGCCAUCGCCGCUAUCAUAUGGGGCGUUUUCAUCUGGCGAUCGCGUCAGAAGGACCAGGACAGAGGAUACGAGUUCCGGGGCAUCUACCCGAUGCUGGGGUCGAGUAGCUCGGGAUCCCUUCCUAGAUAUUCGAAUAAACGGGGUAGACGUGGGCAUGAUGUUGAGGCGGUAAAUAUCUACGAGGCGGAGUUGGAUGAGCGGCCAAGUCGGGUUGUUUCGGCGAGGUCGAGUAGAGAGCAGGAGCCUUAUGUUGUUGGAGAUGAGGACGGGAGUGAUGUGGAUGAUGAUACGUCUGACGAACGGAAAGGGCUCGUUGAUAAACCCUAAAGCAAAGGGGAAGGGGAAAAGGAGGAGCGUGGUUUACCUGGAACACAUCAUGCUCCUGGGAAUUUCUCUCAGGGUUUUGCCUCAGUACAGCCUUAUAUCUGGCUCACUGGCCCAACAACCGAACGGACUUCAUAUUCCACAGAACACAACCAUCUAGCUGCUUACUUAUCUAUCUCCUACCUUCCCACCACCUCAGCUCAGCUAUUCUCCAUCUUCUAUUCUCUCCUUGUCCUUUCUACUUUUUAUAUACUUUAAUCCAUGAACUAUCCCUUUCUUUUUCAUAUAUCGCAAAUUAUUUUGUUCUGUUUAUAUAAUAUAUUCACGGCCCUUUUAUACAUCCUUGAU